CCAACAUCCAGUCCCAUUUUGUGAAUGCCAAUAAAAAAAAUAGCUAGGUGUCCAUGUGUAAUUUGUGUGGAACAAUAUUGCACAAGAAGCUUAAUAGAUUUAGAAAAACGAUAACAAAAAAAAAAUAAAAAGUUGAAGAACAAAAGAUAAAUGUCCUUUUUUUUCCAAAGUUUACUCGCCCUGCUGAGUGGUGUACAGCGUUAAGAGGCCAGCAUUCGGACUCCAGAGUUUAACGACCCUAGUUCGAGUCUCUGAUAGUAGUCCGUCUGCUACAGCAGGGUAGGCCCAGAGUGAAAGACGAAGCUCAAGCCUGCCUCCAUUUUUCUCUCUCUCUCUUUUUUCAUUUCUUUUUACUUUUUUCAAGCCGCAAUUAAAAGCUCAGGGAAACACUUAGUUUUAAGGCGGCCUUUAAGGCACCCUAUAUAUCAGUCCAUACAGCGGUAAGGGCCAAUCUCAUGUAUCAGUUACACAUAUAUCAACGAAGGAAGAAAACAGGCCCAAACCAAAGAGGUGUGCAGGGAAAAAAUCAGGUGGGGAUGACUGAAGCUAUCACCUUGCUAAUCCUUGCUGUCCAAACUGGCCUCAUUGAGCUGCAGGUCAUCCACAGAGCCUUCCUCCUCUCUAUCGUCCUCUUUAUUGUUGCUGCUUCCAUCCUGCAGUCCAUGCUGGAGAUAGCUGAUCCUAUAGUCCUAGCCCUGGGAGCAUCUAGAGGAGUUUGUGGAAGCACUUCCGUGCAGUUUCUCUCUGUCUCUUCCUGCUGAUCUUUCCAGCGUACAUGGCUUAUAUGAUCUGCCAGUUCUUCCACAUGGACUUCUGGCUUCUCAUCAUCAUCUCCUCCUCAAUCCUCACCUCUCUCCAGGUUGCGGUGUGCGUGAUGUGCUAUGGUGUAUCAGAGACUGUAUUUGGCGAGUGGAGUGUGAUGGGAAGCACCAUCAUCUUGGUCCACUCGUACUAUAACGUCUGGCUCAGAGCCCAGCUGGGCUGGCAGAGCUUCCUGCUCAGGAGAGAUGCUGUACACAAGAUAAAAAGCCUCCCUACAGCUAGCAAUACACAGCUGGAGCAGUAUAAUGACAUCUGUGCUAUCUGCUUCCAGUCAUUUCUUCCACGCUGGCUGUCUGAUGCCCUCUCUGUCGUUCACAACCAAGAGCCAAUCACCAACUAACCGUGGAGCUACCCGAGGUACACCUGCAGCCAAUCAGAACCCUGCAGGACAGGAAGAAGGCACUCUACUGGAUGACAGGAAAGAGGGAGCGUCAGUAAAGCAGGAGGGAGAUAAUGAA